ACAAUUCAAUUCAACUCGGAAAAGCUUGCUCCCACGGGUUUGUCUUAUAUUUUGGACUUUUUAAAUGAAACGUAAAUGUGUCAUUUAAUAUACCAAUAUUCAUAAAACAGCCUUCUCACCGAAGUGCAAUGUGCCUUGUAAACUCUAAGUGCCGCUCUUGAUCAAUGUGGGAUAUGUACCGUGUCGUUCUGCUGCACUCCCUAUGUGUAGCUUCAUGUCAGACACAGUGGACGCACGAAUCCAUCAGCUCUCCGGAGUGAAAAACAGGACAGUACACGGAUUGCGGAUUUGUUGUGGUGCAUCAUAUUUGUGUGCGCGACUGGAAUAUAAAGCAAAGUUAUCGAUUGCAGUUUUCCAUUAGAAUCCAAAAACAUGGAAAACAUGGGGUUUGGAUUUUGUUUCUCGAGCUCCGGAGGGUUCUUCUCUUUGCUGUGGAAGCUGCAUCUUAUCUUCCUCUCUGUUUGUACCACAGAGGGUGUGGAUGGACAGGUUCGUUAUUCUAUCGCGGAAGAGAUGUUAAAGGGAUCAUUUGUGGGAAAUAUCGCGCAAGACCUUGGUCUGGAUAUAAAGCGACUGAAAUCUGGCCGAGCUCGGAUUUUUACGGAAGACGGUCGUGAGUAUAUUGGUCUGAAUGCUGAUAAAGGGACACUAGUAGUGAAAGAGAGGAUUGAUAGAGAGGCCCUUUGCGGCCCAGUGUCUCCGUGUUCUCUGCAUUUCCAGAUCAUAAUCGACAAUCCCAUGGAGUUACAUCGUAUUGACGUGGAAAUACUGGACAUUAAUGAUAAUGCUCCGGUUUUCACUAAGAAAGAAUUAUAUUUUGAAAUAAGCGAAUCCGCGCUUUCUGGGGUGAGGUUUUCGAUAGAUAGUGCGGAAGAUCAGGACGUUGGAAUAAAUUCUCUUCAAACAUAUAAGCUUACUCCAACUGACCACUUUAAUGUGAAAAUACUCUCGCGUCUUGACGGUACGAAAUACGUGGAAAUGGUUCUUCAAACUGCGCUAGACAGGGAGACGCAGGAUGAACACAAAUUAAUUCUAACUGCAUACGAUGGUGGCAACCCACAGAAAUCGGGAUCUAUUAAUAUAAAAAUUGUGGUUCUGGAUGCAAAUGACAACGCGCCGACCUUUCUCCAGACUGUGUAUAAGGUGUCUUUACCUGAAAAUUCUAUAAAGGGAACCGCUGUCAUAAAAGUUAGUGCAACUGAUGCAGACAAAGGAACGAAUGGAGAAGUAACAUAUUCAUUUUCUUCUGGCGCAGAAAGAUUCUCUGAUCUCUUUGACAUGAACCCAAAUACGGGCGAAAUCACCGUGGGUGGCCCCGUAGAUUAUGAAAAUUUCAAACAAUAUGAAAUAAAUGUAGAAGCAAAAGACAAGGGAGGAUUAACAGACUCGAGCAAAGUCCUAAUUGAUAUUGUCGAUGUAAAUGACAACGCGCCUGUGAUCACACUGAUGUCUUUUUCUAACCCUAUACCUGAGGACUCAGCGCCAGGCACUGUUAUUGCUAUGCUAAACAUUAAAGAUUUAGACUCCGGAAAAAAUGGCCAAAUAAAGUGUUUCAUUAAUCAAGAUUUACCGUUUCGAAUUAAAUUGUCAUCCUCCAAUUUUUACAGCUUGAUAACAGAUCAUGUUUUGGAUCGUGAGAAGAUCUCUCAAUAUAAUAUAACCAUCACAGCUGUGGAUGAAGGGUCUCCUCCAUAUUCCACAAACAAGACAGUGACACUUAAACUGUCCGAUGUAAACGAUAAUGCGCCGCUGUUUAAACAGAAGUCAUACUCCGCUCAUGUUCUGGAGAACAACGCACCUGGAGCCUCUAUAUUUGCUGUUAGUGCCACUGAUGCCGAUUCUGGCAAUAACGCGCAUAUUUCUUAUUUUCUCGUGGACAAGGAUAUCAGCGGAGUGACGGCAUCCUCUUAUAUCUCCAUAAAUGCAGAGAAUGGUGUCCUUCACGCGGUGCGCUCUUUUGAUUUCGAGCAAAUUAAAGAAUUCCAGGUUAGCAUUAAAGCUCAAGACGGGGGCUCUCCACCGCUCAGCAGUAAUGUGACUGUCAAAAUCAGUAUCCAGGACCAAAAUGACAACGCACCUCAGAUUCUGUAUCCAGUACAGAGCGGUACCUCUGCGGUGGCUGAAAUGGUGCCCCGUUCAGCAGAAGUCGGAUAUCUGGUCACUAAAGUGGUGGCUGUUGAUGUGGACUCUGGACAGAAUUCCUGGCUCUCAUACAAACUGCUGAAAGCCACAGACAGGGCGCUCUUUGAAGUGGGUUUACAGACGGGAGAAAUCAGAACUGUCCGCCCGGUCAGUGAUAAAGAUGCUGUGAAACAGAAGCUCACUGUUGUAGUGGAGGACAACGGACAUCCCGCCCGUUCAGCUACAGUCAAUGUGAACGUGGUGGUGGCCGACAGCUUCCCCGAAGUGCUCUCGGAAUUCAGCGACUUUACGCACGACAAGGAUUAUAACGACAACCUGACUUUUUAUUUAAUAUUGGCUUUGGCUGUUGUCUCCUUCCUUUUCAUCGUCUCCAUCAUGUCUAUAAUAUCAGUGAAGUGCUACAGAUGGAGGCGAGAGCAGAUGUUUUAAAUCCGGUGGGAAUCUCCCAGUCAUUCCGUACUAUCCACCACUUUACGCAGACAUGGGAGGUACAGGAACUCUACAGCGCGUGUACAAUUACGAGGUUUGCGGGACCACUGACUCCAGGAAGAGUGACAUGAAAUAUGUCAGACCGUGUAGUCAGAGCAUCAUAAGUUUAGAUGUUAGUGGAACGCAGACUCU